ACCAUUAGGAAGCCUAUGUUCUUAUUCUUUCCGCGUCCAGCCGGAGAGUUGCAAAGGCAGACAUCCAAAUUAGCACAGACGAGAGUAUAUUUUUACCAUACAGUUAUACUAUUGCGCAUGUAAUAAGAACCUAUGAAGCUGUUUGCUUUAGUUAGUGAAAAGAAUUAGAAGAGGGGAUUUUGAAUCUUCUUCGUCAGUACCUGGAAGUUAGGAUGUGUUGAAGUGAUCACGUGAUGGCCCCUAAGUGGCUAUUUUUAACCCGAUCCAGCCGCAAACAGCGAGCAGAAUUAAUUAAGAGCUGAGAAGAAAUAUAUAUAUAUAUAUAUUCACUGUUGGAUGUUUCCGCUUGCUGACAGGACCUGGGAACGAACUACUUCAGGUUAACUGUAUCGUGGCUUGUAAAGAAGAGCAGGGGAAAAGCAAGAUAUUUUUUCCAGUUUUUUUAUCAGUGCGGACUUUCUAAACUACGCUGUGAGGUGAUUGCAAGGGCGAUAUAUUUCACCACUUGGUUUUACGGCGGUCGACUUUGAACGAUUGGAAUUUGCACAUGAGUAGUAAUCAUAGCGAUAAUCAAUACUUUUAGCAUCAUAUCAUCGAUUGCUUCAAAAUGCAGUCUUAAACUAAUUUCAUCGUGGCGAAGGUGGGAUUAUAUUCAUACCCAGGGCGAAGACAAUUUCAUCAUAUUCAAUUAGAAGUGUGGGACCUACUGUUUUAAUUCAAUUGGCCUCCAUAGAGACAUAUCCACUUUGACCGUGCUAUCGAAUUACAGUGGAAAAUUAAUUAUGGCAUUCUGUGUCAGCAAUAACCAUCAGAAAUAAUUCGAAGUGAUUCCAAUCAACUGUGUCCAAAGUCCCUAUGAGUGCUGCGAUAUCCGUUGAAUUAUGAUGUCAACUUCGACAUACCACGCCCUGUGAUAGAGGUUUUCUGUCUGGUUGCAUUGAAGAAUCAACGUUUUUUGUCAGAAGGAUUAUUUCUAUAACUCCGUAGGCCAACUAAAGAAAAUUCUUAAUCGUAGAAAAAUUUGGUUUCAGCAUCGUGGCCGUGCCCGUGGAAGUGUUGGAGAUAGAGGUAACCUGUCGUAAACCGGCGUGCAAUGUACGGAUCAUUUGUAAUGAUAUUAGUUCUUGUCAGCUAAUUGAGGAAGACGGCAGUUAAUUGAGGAAGACGGCAGUAAAAUUGACCGCGCAUUGAGUUGGACCUACACAACGUUCGAUAAGCAAGUUGUCUUGGAAAAGUGAUUAAAACAAAUCUUGUUAUAAACUGUUAUUUCGCCGAAAAGAAAAGUUUGAUUAUAUAUAUAUCGUCUGUAAAAAAUCAAUUUCAUUUUAUUUCAUAUAAAUUGACUGCGUGUCUCGAGAACAUUUUCUGGCAAUCAAACUGCUCCUCGCUGCGACAAACACACGGUGGAUUUUGUCACGGUGCUUUCUGCCUAAUUUCACUAAAAUUCACAAACUUGGAUUCACAGACAGUGUUUGGAGAUAUAAACAUGAACGCUUUACGACAAAAAUUAUAUAAUGCAUCAUGUGGAUCGUACUUUACGAAGGACAUAAAUUUCACAAACGGCUUCAAUUUUACAGGCGAUUCCAGUUCUGCUGAUGCGAUGAAUGUCACAUGCCACUGGCAAGUAGAUUACGAAAUCGUAAAAGUUGUACUUCCGGUUAUAAUAGGUGUGUUUUGCUUUGUCGGAAUCACGGGAAACUCUAUGGUAAUUUACGUCGUCUAUAAAAACAGACGCAUGAACAUUUUGUUCCUCAAUUUGGCAAUUGCAGAUUUAUUAUUCAAUGUAUUAUGCCUGCCGAUCAACGCUCUCUUCAUCGCUACCGAUAGAGAAAUUCGCAUCAGUCCUUUUCUUUGCAAGACAACGUACUAUUCCUUUUACGUAUCCAUGGGUGUGAGUAUUUAUUCACUGGUCUCUAUCUGCCUACUUCGAUUUGCUGGGCUGAAGUACCCUUUUGUUCUGCGGAAGAUUCUUCACCGUAGUACCGCCAUAAAGGCAAGUUGUGUCACGUGGGCUGUCAUGCUCGUUCUGAAUGCGCCCUUGUUGUUCAUAAUGCACGAGACUGAAGAACGGGUGUGUGGAAUACAGGGGGACGCUUCACUUUAUUACAUCUACGUGACCGUAAUCUUUGGAAUUGAUUUCACGCUCCCUGUUAUAAUUAUCGCCGUUCUGUCGAUUCUCAUAAUCAUCCAAGCUCGCCAAGUCAGAGAUGAGCAGGAAAAUUUGGCACAUGUGCCGUGCCAGCACGUGGAAAGUACUCAUAAUUCCCCGCGAAGAGCGCUGAAGAGGUUGAUGGUGCUGGUGACUAUAUUGUUUGCAGUUUUUCUUAUAUGCUGGGCGCCAUCUAUGAUAUUGUUCAUGUAUAACGUCAUCAUACAUGCGACGGAUGAUGGCCAUCAGCACUUUGCGUGUAGCCAAGAAAUCCGAGCUGUGGCACAGCUGUUUUUCACCGUACUUACUUUUGCCAACUCUUGCUUAAAUCCCAUUCUUUAUAACUUUGUUUCGAAGGAGUUCAGGGGAGCUUUUAGUCGAGAGUUUUUGCCGAUGUGUCCUUGUAUGGACAGCCCCCGUGAUGCCAGUUUUACCAUCUCUGCAAAGAGAAGGGUUAUUAGCACGUCGCCAUUGUGAAAAACGUUAUUGAUUUGGAAAAUACUACGAUGGUUGCCUACGAUAUUGUUUUAGAAUUUAGAAUAACCAAAUACUACACAGUAAUUUCACUACCACUGAAUGCUUUUUUUGUGUGAAAAAAUACAAUCCUUAGCUAAAUUAUGUCUAAAUAUACUGACAG